AUGUAUGUAUGUAUAAGCCUCCCGAAGGGCAUGGAGACGUGCUACGCUGGAGAGAUUUCUAUGUACACAGAGAGAGAAAACAGAAUCCAGGUGGCAACUCUUGAGAAGACUCAGCUCAUUGCAAAGGAUUUUUCUGAGCUGCGCAUCCACUUCUGGCCCGACUGUGAAUUUGAAGUGGAUAAAAUCUUAUUUCUGAAAUAUUCAAUUCUUUUUGAGCUUUACUAA